GGGAGCUCUGCGUUUACCGCCUUACGUCACUAGCUGGAUUUCACUCUGUUGUCCACCCCGACUCACCGCAAACCCCAGAGGAUGACCGAGGCUCUGGAGGAGGAUUUCGGCCUGUUUGGACACAGACUCCAGUUGGCAGAUAUGGUGAGGCAGAGCACGGUGGCAGAGUUGCAAGCCUUCCAGCACUCUCUCCAGUUACAGAGUAACUCUCUGGCCCUUGGCCCAGUAGGGGACAGCUGUGGGGAACAGCAGAAUGUGGUGUCCCCCACUGCCACAGAGGAGAGACAGCGCCUCUCAAAGGGCCCUCCAGAGGUGGAAGCUAGCCAGCCAGUAAGCGUCCCAGACUCAGCCAAACCAAUGGAAGCCACCCAGCCAGUAAGCAUUCCAAACUCAGCCAAACCAAAGAAGAAGAAAAGGAGGUCAAGAGCAACAGACAGCUUUACAGGAAACUUCAACGACCUGUACAAACUGACAGAUGAAAUGCUGGGUCAGGGUGCAUAUGCAAAGGUCCAAGGAUGCAUCAGUCUUCAGAAUGGGAAUGAAUAUGCUGUGAAGAUCAUUGAGAAGAAUGCGGGGCACAGUCGCAGCCGCGUCUUCCGUGAAGUGGAGACCCUUUACCAGUGCCAGGGCAACAAGAACAUUCUGGAACUAAUACAGUUUUUUGAAGAUGACUCCUGCUUCUACUUGGUGUUUGAGAAGUUGCGUGGAGGCUCCAUUCUGACUCACAUCCAGAACCGUAAGCACUUUGAUGAGCUGGAGGCCAGCCGUGUGGUCAGGGACAUCUCCAAAGCUCUCCACUUUCUCCACAACAAAGGUAUCGCCCACCGGGACCUAAAGCCAGAGAACAUCCUGUGUGAGUCUACUGACCAGGUGUCUCCGGUGAAAAUCUGUGACUUUGACUUGGGCAGUGGAGUGAAGCUUAGCAGUGCCUGUAUUCCAAUCACCACUCCAGAGCUCACCACACCGUGUGGCUCGGCAGAGUACAUGGCUCCAGAGGUGGUGGAGGUGUUCACAGACGAGGCAUCGUUCUACGACAAGCGUUGUGACCUCUGGAGCCUGGGGGUCAUCCUCUAUAUUCUGCUCAGCGGAAGCCCCCCCUUCACUGGUCAUUGUGGGACUGACUGUGGCUGGGACCGUGGAGAGACCUGCCGUACCUGCCAGAAGAAUCUGUUUGACAACAUCCAGGAUGGCCAGUAUGAGUUCCCAGAGAAGGACUGGGCCCACAUCUCUGCCCAGGCCAAGGACCUCAUCUCCAGGCUGCUGGUGCGGGAUGCCACCCUCCGCCUCAGUGCUGCCCAGGUCCUGCAGCACUCCUGGGUGCAGGGGAAUGCACCAGAGAGAGGUCUCCCAACCCCACACUUCCUCCAAAGGAACAGCAGCACCAAAGACCUGACCCAGUUUGCCGCCGACGCCAUCGCCUUCAACCGCCAGCUGUCGCAGCAUGACGAGGAGCAGGAGGAAGUGGUCACAACCAUUGUGACCUCCAUGAGGCUUUCGCCCCCCUCCAACUCCCGGCUGGCUCGCAGACGGGCACAGUCCAAUGCUCGGCGCACCACCCAGGACUUCCUGCCUGCUGAUGACGACAACCUCGAAACUCUCGUCACCUAACCAGCUCCUGGUUUAACCCCAGGAAGACCCCGUUUUGGUGCUACUGCAGGCUCGGAGUUCCCUCGCACCUGGUUUAUCCUUCUAAUAUAGUCGUGUGCUUCUAAGAUCCCAACAGGGUCAGAUUCUCUGAUUUAACAAUGUCAGCCUCAGAACUGCUGCCAGGCUCUUUGUGCCUCCCUUUCCCCUCUUUUAUUUCUCCUUUGUUCCCUCCAUCCUGGUGCUAGUCUCUCUUCCUCUUUACGUGGUGUUUACCGUGUCACACCAUCUGAGAUGGACGAUAGCUUCCGUUGGCAGGAGACUCCUGUGUAGCUUCACAGGGUUGGUAGCCUCAUUGUCCAAGCUCUCAUGGCCAGUGGUCUUCUUACCACCUAGAAACAGAGACCGGAGCACAAAGGGAAGCACUUUUAUCCUCUACUAAACUAACACACACUGAGUCCCAGCUUUGUUUCAGUGAUUAGUUUGGGUUGAGGUAGUUUCCUGCAUUUGAUAUUAACGUCAGUGUAUACAGAGCGCAAUCCCAUGUUAAGACGACAGGAAUAGUCACUAAAACGGGUCUAAGCCUGUUCUCGUGAUUAUUUUUCUAUGGUUAAGACUGCUAGUGAUGGUUGCUUUAUGCUAGCUAUACUUAAUUGCACGGUUAUUUCCGUUAGGAAUGGAUUCUUGAUGAUGUCCGCAUGGGGCAUUUAAUACACGUACAGUACAUGUAGCUAGCCUGUCUUAUUGUAAAAAUCCUUUUAAUUUUCAAAAAACAUUUUAAUUUACGUUGUGUUGGUCAAGCUGUGAAAAGGUUUUAGCGUUGUUUAUAGAGUUACUGAAUGCUGCAAAAGUAGAGCAUUACUUUUCAGUCCCUUAAUGACCCUGUUUUUAGGGAUGGUCAUACAUAGGCUGUGAGGAGGGUUUCAAAACUUUCCCAAAAUGUCCUGGAUUUUCCAGAAAUCCCAGUUUUAGGAUUUUUGUUGUUAGGCCUAGAACUUUUAAGACAUUGUGCUUGUGGAAGGUGGGUUACUGAAUGAUUUGAGAGUGCAUCAUUCAUUUGAAAAGCAUUUUAUUAUUUGAAUCACCCUGAAAUUCCAUUUCUUAUCUCCUUAUCGAAACAUCAGCUACCUGGAACACUUCUAUACUUUGAAACAACUCACUCGUCAUAUGUGUUUUGAGAUUAUUUGAUAUGAUUGCAUUUCAUCAGUAUUUUUAUUUUUUUAGACAUAUUUGAAGUAUUGAUAAACUAUAAGGAUUACCUCAGAAACCUGAAUUGCACUAGCCUGGUUGCCAGUUUGUUUGUGUUAUGUUGUCACUUAAUGUCAUGCAAAACAUGACAUUACAAAGAGUUGACAUGAUGCCACAAACCGAUCUGGGGACCAAGCUAGAAUUUGUAUGAUGUCUUUACUCAUUUUUUCAAAAUGAUUACAGGACCAUUCUGCUAUUGCUUGCUUCAAAAGUAUUUAACUUCUUUUCAGUCAUACCACUAAUAACAUGCAGCUUUCUUUGUACACAAAUUAAUUACUAUUUUGGCUAUUCACACUUCACUGAAUAUUGUUAGAAUCUGUUUAAGUGAUAUAGAAAUCUGGAAAUGUCUUUUUGUUUUUUAAUAUUGUGUUUUUUUAAACGUCCAUAACUUUAUUUUUUAUAUAUUCUAUAUUCCAGAGGGGAUGCCAUGAUAAAUAUACCUUUCUCUGGCGGAAAGGGAAUUAUAGUUUUAUAUCAGUUUUUUUAGUAGUAGUUUUAUUUGUGUAUUGUCGGUUGGUUUGUCAGCAAAUGGAUCUGAAUAAGUGUGCCAAAGAAACCAUAGAGACUGAUAGAAAUAACUUGUGACGACUGUGAAUGCUAGCAUGUCACAUUAAUUUGGUUUCAGGUUUUUAAGCAUAAAUUGGUCAGACGGCCAUUUCAGCCUGUGUAACAUAGUUACUGAAAUGCUCUUUGGUUACUGAAAUGCUCUUUGGUUACUGAAAUUAUUUGAUUUACCUCUACCAGUUUGACUGUUUCACCUCUAAGAGCUUGACAUUUUAUUAAUGUGGGGACACUGAUGGAAGUCUAGCACUUAUUCCCCUCACCCUUUAACUUCAUGUAUUGCAUCCCCCACCCCCAUGUAAAACGGCUUGUACCCAAUGCCUGGAUCUCCCCCGGUUGCCAUGGAUACUCAAUCGCUAUAGCAACCAAGGGGCCUUCCUAAGCGGGCACGGACUCUCCGUCAGAGAAGGUGCAACACAUUAGGGAUCUCUCAGUGGCUAUGGUAAAGCCCUCUCACUCUCAUUAGUCCCAGAUGGCACCCUAUAGCCCGUAGGGCACUACAUAGGGAAUAUGGUGCCAUUUGGGACAAACACUAAACUCAAAUCAGAUGGGAUAAGAUGCAUUCAUUGGCAUAAGCUAUGCAGCUAAAUACCUUAUAACCCAUGUGUAUGAGGUCUUAUGGCAAAUGUUCUUACAAUGUUGCACAUCAAUAGCCCCUGUGGUAUGCUGUUUUCCCAAUAAAACCCAAUUCUUUCUUA